AUUCUUAUUGCGUAAAACCCUAUUCUAUACUCCCUCCCUCUUGCGGAUACAUUUGCAAGCUAAAUCACAUAUAUAAAUUCUUCACGCCAUUCUCUGAUCCACGUUAUUCUUUCUCUUCUUCCCCAAACAAACUAGGGUUUUCAUCCAAUCAUGAACUGUGAAGUUUUUCAGCUCAACGAACUGGAAGUCGAGCAAUUUGAGAUACAUGAAGUUUUACGAUGCAUAUUGCACACGAUCAUGUUUUAUCGGGCGUAUGGUCCUGUGCGUCCAAAAGAUGGAGACAUGGAACUCUGUGACAUUACCUAUGUUCAAUGUGGAGAGGAUGAGGUUGAAAAGAAAAUAGAAGAGAAAAUUGAGCAGUUUCUUGAUUGGUUUGUGAAACAUCCAAUCAAAAAGAGUCAGAUAUGCUUAUCUUUCUAUGAGGAAAAAAACAAAAAGGGAUAUUGGUUCAGUAACAAGAUUGAGCGUUUGUAUUUUGAGCAUUGGUAUAUUAAUCUGAAUAUAGCCCCGAAUUCUGAAGUUGAUCGUAUCAGAGAAGAGGGAGAAUUGGAGGCUAUAUAUGCUCGAAGGGAAGCUCUUGAAGUAUCGAUUCGUAAUGUUUUAGUUCAAAUAAUGGAUUUCGUCGGCAAGGGCGAUCAUGUUCCACCAAUACCAAAUUUUGAGGAUGUUAUUUCUUUUCCUUAUGAAAUUACAAUACCUAGUUCAUCGGAUUCUGCAUUUGGGAUGGACAUUAUCAAGAGAAUGAUACAGACUGGGCAUCCAACAAUGCUAAGUUGAUCUUUAGAGUUUAUACAGCAGUUUAUGAGAUUUAGUGAAUGUUUUGUUCCACUUUAGAAGACAAGUGACUAUAAAA